AAACCUGUGCACUUAAUGACUCCACUCGGGGGAAAUGGACGCGCUAAUGUCCGGUUCCCGUUCGCUCAGUUGACACGCGCUCUCCGGCCCGGAAUGUUGCAACCAGCGGACGGGGACGAGGACGACGACGGAGAGUUCCCCCAGUACGACUUCGAGUCGGAGUUUGGCCAGGAUCACAUCCUGCCCCUGAAGCUGAACGAGUCCUGGGCGGCCAGGCGCCUCAUGGAGGCUCUGAGUCAUUUGCCACCCAGUGGCAGCGGCAGCACUAACUCUGCACCCAUGCGUUUUCAGCAGCGGACGCAGCAGGUGCGUCGACGGGAGCUAAUGGGCACGAAGACAACUGUUGAGAACCUGACCACUGCAGCGCCCAGUGCGGCAACCACCAGGCUGAUUGGCAACGGGAAAGUUCGCCAGAUGUUCGACGAGCGUCGCCGAGGAGCGGGCAUUGAUCGCAGCAAUCCCCUCAAGCCGAUCGGUACACUUACCUCGCCGCCCGCCCCAGCCAAAUCCCGCCCCCAGCCGCCGAUGCAGCGGCUGAUCAAGGGAGUUUCCGACAUGAACCUAAGGGAUGCUCCCAACGCCAGCAGGCGCAUUACCAGCGACAGCAAUAACAACAAGUUCGCCACCCCCACCCCUCGGACCACUGUGAAUCGGAACCUCAAGCCUGUGGUGACCCGAAAGACGCCGCCUGCCCAGGAGACGACGCUCUCGCAACGAUCCAUGUCCUCGCCACAGCGCAGUCCCAAGGUGCAGACGUCUACUCGGCUGGCCGGUGGUGCCACCACGGUGGCCAGUCGCCUUUCGCCGCCGGUGGUUCGACGGUCGGAGCCCAAAUCCCCAGCUAAACAGGUCAACAUGGAGAUCAAGUCGACGCCCCCAGAGGGAACGGCUUCGUGCAGGCAUUGCGGACGCCACUUUAACACGGAUCGCCUGGGAAAGCACGAGGCGGUGUGCCAACGCAUGAUAGCCACGAAACGCAAGAUCUUCGACGCCUCCAAACAGCGGGUCGAAGGCACCGAAGCCGAGAAGUUCAACAAGAAGCCGAAGGGCAGCCGCACUCGGUCCACGUACAGUAGUGCUGCCCAGCAGAAGGGCCUGAGCACUGGGGUGAAGAAGAACAAUUGGCGCAAGAAGCACGAGGAGUUCAUCCAGUCGAUACGGGCCGCCAAGCAGGUUCAAGCGCACUUGGCCCGCGGCGGCAAGCUGAGCGACCUGCCGCCGCCGCCGCCCUCGGAAAACGCCGACUACAUCCAGUGCCCGCACUGUGGACGUCGAUUCAACCAACAGGCCGCCGAGCGGCACAUCCCCAAGUGCGCCAACAUGGUGCACAACAAGCCCCGGAAUGGUCCCCCGCCGAAGAGGCGUUGAUUGGUGAUUGGGAAUCGGUACUAGCUGAUCUCUGGUUGAUAACAGUGAACAUGCCCAUACUUUUACUUGUGAUAAAGAAGUUUGAUGAUUGGAACGAA